UGGAACCGUGGUAGUCCAUUUGAAUUCCUGCAAGGGCAUUGUGGCAUCCAUAUUGUUAGGAAAGCAAGAAGAAGAACGAACACGGAAUUCAACGGAGACGACGCCGUUUCGGAUCGAUAGGGGACGACGCAGAAGAAGAAGAAGAUCAGGAAAUGUUGAAGAGACUGCAAUUACAAGAACAAUGCCAGCUACAGGAUUUGAACCAAGUCAUUGAUCAUCUGGGGCGCCACUGCUUUGCUCCCGACGAUUCUCUCGUCUCCAAAUCCGCAUACUACGACCUCCAACUCGUACUCUCUCUCUCUCUCUCUCUCUACAUUUCUCUAUCUUAUCGAGUUACCAUGCCUUUGGUUUAUUGUUGGGUUUUGCAGGCUAGAGAGGAAAUGUGCAGGGAACGACUGCGUUACUUGGAGGCCAUGGCAAUUUAUAGUGAGGCAAUUGCAAUGGUGGAAGAUUAUCACCAAGGCUGGGGGAACCCUCCUCAGCUGUUUAAGACGUUGGAGCAUCUUAUGAUCACUGCGGAAGCCGCUCAAAGGUUGAGGCUUCCUCUGCUCUCUAAAGACGGUGAUAUUCAUGAGGAAGAAAUUGAAAGAUGCAGCAUAGUGUCACAAAGUUCCCUCGACAGUACUUGUACCAGUUUCACAGUCGGGUCAAGUUCUAACUCUCCAAAUUAUAGUGGUGCAAAUAGCACAGUUAGUGCAGCAAACAACAAUCUUUGUCUCAGUGCUACUUCAGUCGAGGAACCUGGACUUGGAGGCGUUCCCAAUCGCUUUCUUGGAAUUACACCUGCAUAUUUAUGGAAAACACAGCUUCAACAAAUCCCUUUCAACAUGGAUCUGGCAGAAUACCGGCUGUGUCUUUCCGAUGAGAUUGAGGCUCGUUUGCAAGCUAAAUGUGAUAAGUUAGCAAACGCCUUUAUAAUGGAAGACAUAGACUGGUCGUCAUCCGGACAGGAAAAUACUAGUGAUCAGUUACCAGAAAGGGUAAAGUUAAUAACUGAGGAGCUGGAAAGGGAGGAAGCAGCUCUGAAGGAAGAUCUGUAUUCAGCAGAAAGAAGAUUUACUGAAUACUACAAUGUUUUAGAGCAGAUAUUGGGAGUUCUUAUAAAGCUGGUCAGAAAUUUGAAGUUGCAACAUCAACACAAAUAUGAUGAACUGCAAAAGAUAUUCUUGUGCAAAAGGUGCGAGACCAUAGAUGCAAAAUUGAGGAGCCUGGAGUAUGGUCUCCUUCGGGACACUUAUUCUAAGGAUUCAGUACCUGCCCUGCAUAAAAUAAGGAAAUAUCUUCUCGAAGCUACAAAAGAAGCUUCAAUCACACAUGAUAAAGCAGUUACUCGCCUUCAUGAGUAUCAGAGUGUUGAUGCUCACUUCAAUAAAAUUGCAGGGCAGUACCGUGAUAUUGUAAAGAAGUUGGAAAAUAUGCAAUGGACGAUCCAGCAAGUAGAAAUGGACCUGAAACGCGUCCCAGAACUACCCUAAUGCAUAGAAUUUGUUUCUUUUCCUGCAGUUCGCUGAGUGUUCCCAUUGGUUGUGAUGCUUAGCGGCGUCCAUCAGUUAGAAAGUAAUGCAUUAACAAGCGUACCCAAUUCAAUUGUAAAUGGAUGUCAAUUUCUCUCCUUUAUCCGUUUAAAAUUUCUGCUCAUAGAUUUAUAGCUUGAACGUAUAUAGCAAGUUUGGAAGAAUAAGAUUCAUAGUGUGCUCAAGACU